GGGAGUCGGGAGGGGGCGGGACCAGACUAUAAACUGCCGGUUGGGGGCGACCAUCCCCCGAGAGAGCGUCGGGAUCGCGCUCGGUGGCCUGUGCAGUGGCGGACUGAGGGAGUGGUCGGGUGAGUGACAUGCAGCUACCGGAGCUCAAAGUCCUCCCCACAGCGUGCGCGGCGGAUGGAUUGUUCACCCCGGUGCUGUCCAGCAGCCUUUGAAACUGCAGGGGUGGCGGGGAGGCUGCUGCGGCUCGAGGGUUUUUCUGUGUGGCAGCUUGGAAGGAUGGCUCAAGCAAGAUCAGCAUUCUCUAACUUGUUUGGUGGAGAACCAUUGUCGUAUACCCGAUUUAGUUUGGCUCGGCAAGUAGAUGGCGAUAACAGUCAUGUGGAGAUGAAACUAGCUGUAGAUGAAGAAGAAAAUGUUGACAAUAACAUGAGGCCCAUUGUCACAAAACCAAAAAGGUUGAAUGGAACUAUUUGCUAUGCAACUAUUGCUGUUACCGUCUUUUUUGUGAUUGGAUUUAUGGUUGGCUACUUGGGCUAUUGUAGACGUGUAGAAAAAAAAGUCGAGUGUGAGAAACUGCCAGUAACAGGGUCUCCAGUGACGGAGGAGUCAAAAGAAGACUUCCCUGGAACAUCUAAUCGCUUAUUUUGGGCAGACCUCAAAGCAAAGUUGUCAGAAAAACUGGAUGCCACAGAUUUCACCAGCACAAUCAAGCUCCUGAGUGGAAGUCCCUAUUCUUCUCGAGAGGCUGGAUCUCAAAAAGAUGAAAGUCUUGCAUAUUAUGUCGACAAUCAAUUCAAUAAAUUUAAACUUAGCAAAGUCUGGCGUGAUGAACAUUUUGUUAAGAUUCAGGUCAAAGGCAGUAAUGCUGAAAACUCCGUGACUGUGACUGAUCCAAGUGGUAAUGUGAUAUUUAUGAUGGAUAAUCCUGAGGGUUAUGUGGCUUAUAGUAAGGCUACCACAGUUACUGGUAAACUGAUCCAUGCCAAUUUUGGCACUAAAAAAGACUUUGAGGAUUUAAAGACCCCUGUGAAUGGAUCAUUAGUGAUUGUUAGAGCAGGGGAAAUUACAUUUGCAGAAAAGGUUGCAAAUGCUGAAAGGUUAAAUGCAGUUGGUGUUCUGAUAUACAUGGACCGGACUAAAUUUCCCAUUGUUGAUGCAGAACUUUCAUUUUUUGGACAUGCUCAUCUGGGAACUGGUGACCCUUAUACCCCUGGAUUCCCCUCAUUCAAUCACACUCAGUUUCCACCAUCUCAGUCAUCAGGAUUACCUAAUAUACCUGUGCAAACAAUUUCCCGAGCUUCUGCAGAGAAGCUGUUUAAAAAUAUGGAAGGAGAGUGUCCUUCUGAGUGGAAGACAGACUCUACUUGUAAGCUUCGAUCCUCACAAAAUAAGACUGUGAAGCUCACUGUGAACAAUAUGCUGAAAGAGAUAAAAAUUCUUAACAUCUUUGGAGUUAUUAAAGGCUUUGUAGAUCCAGAUCGCUACAUUGUAGUAGGGGCCCAGAGAGAUGCAUGGGGUCCUGGAGCUGCAAAGUCAAGUGUAGGAACAGCUCUCCUGUUGCAACUUGCCCAGAUAUUAUCAGAUAUGGUCUUAAAAGAUGGAUUUAGACCCAGCAGAAGCAUUAUCUUUGCUAGUUGGAGUGCUGGAGAUUUUGGAGCUGUUGGUGCCACUGAAUGGCUAGAGGGAUACCUUUACUCAUUGCAUUUAAAAGCUUUCACGUAUAUUAAUUUGGACAAAGCUGUACUUGGUACCAAAAACUUCAAGGUUUCUGCCAGCCCACUGUUGUAUACGCUUAUUGAGAAAAUGAUGAGAGAUGUGAAGCAUCCCCUUACUGGGCAGUCUUUAUAUCAGGACAGCAACUGGAUCAACAAAGUUGAAAUGCUCUCUUAUGAUAAUGCUGCUUUCCCGUUUCUUGCGUAUUCUGGAAUCCCAGCAGUUUCAUUCUGUUUUUGUGAGGAUGCAGUUUAUCCUCUUUUGGACACACCUUCAGAUAACUAUGAGGAACUAAUUAGGAGAAUACCUGAUUUGAACAAAAUGGCACGAGUAGCAGCAGAAGUGGCUGGUCAUUUCAUAAUUAAACUUACCUAUGAUGUUGAAUUGAACCUGGACUAUGAGAGGUACAAUAGCAAAAUGCUAUCAUUUGUGAAAGAAGUGAGCCAAUACAGAGCAGACGUAAAGGAGAUGGGCCUGAGUCUACAGUGGCUAUAUACUGCUCGUGGAGACUUUUUUCGUGCUACUUCCAGACUAACAACAGAUUUCAAGAAUGCUGAGCCAACAGACAGAUUUGUCAUGAGGGAAAUUAAUGAUCGUAUCAUGAAGGUGGAAUAUCACUUCCUCUCACCCUAUGUAUCUUCACGAGAUUACCCCUUCCGGCAUAUCUUCUGGGGCUCUGGCCCUCACACUCUGUCAGCGUUAAUAGAGAAUUUGAAGCUGCGUCGGGAAAAUAGUGCUGCCUUUAAUGAAACACUGUUAAGAAACCAGUUGGCUCUAGCUACUUGGACUAUUCAGGGAGCUGCAAAUGCCCUCUCUGGUGACAUUUGGAACAUUGAUAAUGAGUUUUAAAAUGUGAUACCCAGAGCAGGGCAGUUUGAUUUCUAGAUUGGUGCUGGUUGUGUUAAAUUUUCAGUAGGGCUUCAAAACCUAAUAUUAAAAUUCUACUCAAUCAUCUUGGUACUACUAGAUGUCUACAGGCAGCAGCUCUUAAUACGGGGUAGGUACCUUCAAGUUGAAAUGAAUAACCACUAUAAAAAAAAGUUCAUGUUAGAGUAUUUUAUCUAGUAUUUUAAGUGCUUUGUAAUGACAGCUGCCUCUUUCCUGUUAUAGUUUUGAAAACGUCAGAACCAGUUAUGAACUACUGCUCUAAAUUCUAAGUACACAAGCUGGUAUCUUUUGUGGGAAGAAGGUGGUAUUGCUGAAGGUUAAAAAUCAGUAGCUUAAUGUGAUCCUCCAUCUUCAUUGAAUGCUAGAUAGGAGAUACUGGGUUGCAAGACCUUAUGCUCCAAAUGUGAUAAAUUCCUUUCCACAAGGAUUUAGCUGGUUUCUGCAUUCCUGAAUGAAACAGUUAACUUUCAGCAAAGGUGAGGUCUUCUGCUGGGUAAAAUGAGGUUUAACUGUUUAUUUCAGGAGUAAGGCCUUAAUGUGUCAAUCUCAUUGUUUAUGAGAAGAGGAGACCAGAGCCAAAGACUUAGUAUGUCUUCUUUUCCUCUAUUCACUGCCCCAUAAACUUUUGUUUAGAUUUUUGUUGUUGUUUUUUCCAAAGUAUUCUGGAAGAGAAUGAGUUUCAGGUGUUUAAUUUCAGACUCAGUUUGUCAAACACUUCAAAAAGCACACUGCCAAAUUUUGGGCAAAGUGGGAAAGCUUUCUGUCAGUUUGACACUGAGAUAUUUAUUUAUUUAUCAGUGACAGAGUUCACUAUAAAUGGCGUUUUUUUAAUAGAAUAUAAUUAUCGGAAGCAGUGCCUUCCAUAAUUAUGACAGUUAUACUGUCGGUUUUUUUGAAUAAAAGCAGCAUCUGCUAAUAAAACCCAACAGAUACUGGAAGUUUUGCAUUUAUGGUCAACACUUAAGGUUUUAGAAAACAGCCACAAGCCAAAUUGUAAAGCUAAGUAUUGGAGAAGAGCUAAAUUUAAUUCAGGGUUGCUAAUCAAGUUAGACUUAUUGCUGACCAGAUAAUGAUUUUUCUCUCAUUUUUGUUGAAUUAUGACCAAGUUAUAAAUAUAUGUCACUUAAGGCUGUGGUAGUACUAAUACAAAAUUUUAUAGUUCAAUUUAUCUAAGGUGCGACUUUAAUUCCAGUUUUGCAAAAUUUCCAGUACCUUUGUCACAAACCUAACACAUUAUCGGGAGCAGUGUCUUCCAUAAUGUAUAAAGAACAAGGUAGUUUUUGCCUACCACAGUGUCUAUAUCGGAGACAGUGAUCUCCAUAUGUUACACUAAGGGUGUACGUAAUUAUCGGGAACAGUGUUUCCCAUAAUUUUCUUCAUGCAAUGACAUCUUCAAAGCUUGAAGAUCGUUAGUAUCUAACAUGUAUUCCCAACUUCCUAUAAUUCUCUUUUAGUUUUAGUUGCAGGAACAUUUAUGGUCAUUAAACAUUUUAGUAAAUUAAACCACUGUAUAAUCAAAUUACUUCCUUCAGGCUUUUUUAAAGUUAAUGUGGGUGUUACCAUUGUGGUUUCUCCAGGUCAUCUUUUUAACGGGACAGUAGCAUACAUUUAUGUUUGCUGUUGACAGAUGAAUUCUAUUUUAUCCCCUUGUUUCCAUGUUAUCUCCUAUAUACUUAGUUCAGGCAUGUUUUAAUCCAGAAUUGACCUUUUUGGCUUAAAGCAAGGGGAACUCUUGUUUGGGUGAGGGGGUAGUGAAGGAUCUCGGAGGUGAAGCUGGCAAAAAAUCUUCGAUCGUGUCUGCUGAUCUUAGUAUGUAGUAGUUAUCAGUUAGAUGCAGAUAUGAACAAAUAAAUCUGAAGACACGUGAAUAAAGACUUAGUUUUCUAGUCAGCCUUCACUAUAAUCCUGAUAAUUAGUCCAUGGGGGUGUUUAGGUUCUUAAACAUGCAGUAUCACUUAGCUAAGUUACAGUAGACUGUCCUAGACUUUUGCAGCCUCACUUAAUUGUUUCAGUACCCAGUCUCUUUAAUCUUCACGGUGUUUUAUCUUCCACUGAUACUUAGUAUAGCUAGAUGAAAAGUCUCAUCUGGGGAUUUCUGGCUUGGUUAUCGUGUACAUACUUUUAUGGAAGCUUGGUGACUUAAAGCAUAAUAUGAAUAAAGGGCACACAUCUUACAGCAGUUAUCUCUUCCCAAACUCCUUUUCUAUGGUUAGGGUUGAGUUAUUUCCAAUCAAACAUGCCAGUGAGUGGUAAGAGGCUUAAUAUUAUUAAACUGUGUGUCUGACUAGUGGCAACUUGCUAGUCUUCAGAUUUUUUUCUGGUUAUAAAUAUCAUGUGCAUUUUGAAGGUAAAGGAUAAGAUGAGUGAGUUCUGCCACAAUUUUCUAUCCUAGAACUUGCAUGACCUUUACUGUAUUUGCUCUUUGAAUGCUGAAAUUUUAGACUUGGUCAACCUACUGCUGAGCUGUAUCUUUGUAAAGAGUGAUAAGUCUUUAUAGUUUUAAGUAAGCCUGUAUGUACAACAAUGUGGAGAUUUCUUACCUUGAUUUAAUAAACUGCUUGAACACUGA